AUGCCUGGUAUUGUCCAGACUAGCAAGCCAUGCAAGGCACCACCUGUUGUUGGACCCCGGACGACGAAGGCAAGGCGGCCUAUUGUCGACAUCCCUGAAUUCAUGAUCAAUGAGGCUCGCAGCACGUCAGUCGAUAAAUGGGAUCCCUCCAAACAUAUGGCCUUCAAGGCCCCGGCAGCCAUCUAUACCAUGAAAGAAAUCGGACUUGAAGGCCAAGGCAUAUCUCCCCACGCGGUUUCUGAGCCUUUUCCGCUAUUCACUCGCGAGGCUAUUAUGCAGAUGAGAAGGGAGAUUUUUAGUGACCCCGUCAUGAAAAACUGCCGAUUUGGCUCUGACUUCAUUGCUAAUAUGGUACGUGGCAUGGGCGCCGAACGAGCCCCCUUUAUAUAUGAUGCAUGGUACGACCCUGCGAUCCUUGCUGCGAUAUCUGCAGUAGCUGGAGUCGACCUGAUUCCGACCUUUGACUAUGAGGUGGCAAACGUUAAUAUCUCCAUCAAUGACGAAAAAGCGGAAGUUCUGACCGGCUCGGACGAGGAAUCCGCCGUUGCGUGGCAUUAUGAUAGCUUCCCAUUCGUCUGUGUCACGAUGGCCUCCGACUGCACUGGUAUGGUGGGCGGAGAGACAGCAAUUAAAUUGCCGGAUGGUAGUGAGAAAAAAGUCAGAGGGCCUGCAAUGGGAACAGCCGUCGUCAUGCAGGGGCGCUAUAUCAACCAUAGAGCCAUGAAGGCGUUCGGAGGUCGGGAACGUAUUGCUUUGGUCACCGCAUUCCGCCCAAGGAACCCCUUGGUACGAGACGAAACCAUCCUGACUGGGGUACGGCCUAUUAGUCACCUUGAAGAGCUAUACAGCCAAUAUGUGGCGUAUCGGUUUGACGUGCUUGAGGAACGCUUUCGGCAUAAGCUCAAAGAAGAGCGACGCCGCGUGGUCAUGAAGCGAAGUAUCAAUAUAGGUGAUUUACGAUCUUUCAUAGAAGAUCAACAAAACUAUUUGGCCUCCAUGUUGGAAGAGCUCUACGAAGUUGAGUAA